AUGGACGAUUGGAAGCAACGCGUGAAGAUAGUGCUGGAUCAAAUAUACGCCGUGGACCCGUACUAUGUACAGAGCAACGAGACAAGGAUCGUCAAUCAGAUCUCGUACGCGGACAUCGCCGCAGGUCGGACAAGUCCGAGCUCCAGGGGUUCUAGCCCCUUUAGAAAUCCCCGAGACGAGGUUUCUUCGGUGCCCCUUUCGAUUCAAGUGCUCAAACCUACCGUGCAACUGUCAAGAACAAUGGAAGCCCAGAAGCAACCUGCUAUCGAACCAACUGGCGACAAUACUCCAGCAAAUGCUGCAAUAGCGGAGACGAAGAUGAAAGAAGAACAGUCAAGACCUGAAGAGCAGAACGAGCAGAAGGAGCCUGAAGUAAGAACCGAGGUUAGAAGACGCGUCUCUAAAGUAGAUUCGGUGGACUCUAGAUUGAGAAAUCAGUCUAGAAGAUCUGGUUCUGUGCGAAAGGACGUUCGAGGACCUAUUAGGGAAUCUCCUGAAAGAAAUUCGUCCGCGGAGGCUGACAAUGAAAUUUCUGGAUCAGACGCUUCUAGAUCGGUAGUGGAACAGAGGAAGGACCCGUUUGUACUUAAGAAUACACUGGCCCCUAAGGUGGAGAGAAGAGGAAGAUCCGCCAGUCCCAUUUGGAUGCCUGGAUCAACUUCCUACGCGGAUAUUCUUCGUGGAAACAGACAGAAUUCUCGCAGCCCUUCGGUGGAGACUGGCAAAGAUGCUCACGUAGUUGGUAGAGAAGUCGCAGAGACUGUGGUCGAGGAAUCUUCCGUAGAAACUGUUCAGACGGAGAAGAUGGAAUUCGAGGUGGCCAAAGUGGAAGUAAAGGAAGGGGCAACGGCUGAAAAUGCUUUUAUGGAACAACCAAGCGAAGACGUAGCAGUGGAGAGCUACCAACAGCAGCCUGCCGAGGUCGUGCACGAAGUUGUACCUGAAGUCGAGUCUCCUGUGAAAACUUCUGAGGAACCGAGCGAAACACAAACCAGUUGGACGGACGAAAGCAUGGACGAGUACGUUUUAUUGAAUGAGAAAAGUUACGAAAAUGUCGCAAGACCGCCAGUUGCAACGCAACAAGUUCCAGAGGUCUACAACUAUAUUCAUCCGGCUAUUCCUGAAUUGGUUGGUUUCAUCGGGUCUCAGAUCGCCUAUCCAGUAAGUUCCUAUGUCUACAUGCCAGCUGCACCGCCUCAGCAAAUGGCUCUUCCUCAUUACACCGAAAGUCAGAUGGCCUUCCCAUCGGAGCCGUACGUGGCGCAGCCUAGCUACAUCCCUGAACCAGAGAUUUAUCAGCAAAAUCAGUUGCAGAAGCAUCCACAAAGGCAUCCGCAUCAAACCAAAUUCAAGAUCCCUCCAAAGACUACUCCUGUAGUUGUGCAGAACGUCGAAGAGAAGUGUUUACCUUCAAGAGCUCAACAACCUGUGGAUAUCGAGCCUGUCGUUCAGUCAAAUAUUCAAGCUGCUGCGCAACCUGCUGUUCAAGCGGAAGAAGUUUCUGAACCAGAAAAACCAGUAGAACCAGAACAGUCUAUGCAGCAGCCUAUCGAGCAACCUGUACAACAAGUUUCUACGCCAGUUGCAGAAAGUACACCUAUUAAGACGAAAAGUACUACCUCAAGCGAGAGCAAGACAUUCUCGUACGCCCAAAUUUUAUCGCAGGGUCUCAGUUCUAAACCGACAUCGACUACAAGUAGUCAAUCAUCGACAACGGUGACUUUGAUCUCAAAACAGGCGAAAGAGCGUUCACGCUCGCCAGUGAACUCGGCGACGUCCUCUGUGCACGAGUCGAGUCCUCCUCAGGAAGCUAGACAGAUUCGAGAAUCGACCGUAGGCAAGUCAGCAAAUACGUGGGAUAUAUCGAGGAGAAGGGAGACGAGAAAGACUCACCAGGAGUCGCCAAAGACGAAGAUUCCUGAGAAGAGGGCUCGCAGAGGACCAGAGCAACCAAAGGCUUCAGAAGUAUUUCAGAAACCUCAGAAAGAGAAAGUCAGGACCAGUACGGAACAACAGAAACAAGUAUUCGAAUUCAAAGAUGAAAUUACCGUGGAAGAUUUGACGGCUUCUCCGAAGGUAACUCCGAAGAGUGUCAAGGUUGAGAUUAGAAAGGAACAAGUGGACGAUGUUAAACCAGAAAAGAGAAUAGAUGCUGAAGAAACGAAAAAGAUGGAAGAUCACAAGCAGGAUGAAAAGGACGUUCAGGAGGAGAAGGAGGUUGAUGUUCAACAGAGGAGCAGGUCUCAGGAGAAGAAACGAAAGGCGAAGAAGAAGAAGCCGGAGAAGGUGGACGACGAGAUAGAGAAGGCCCUGAAGGAGAUCGAGGAUAUGGAUAAGCAUAAAAAGAGGGAUAAGUCGAGGGAACAGGCUAAGAAAGAUACGGUUCAAGCUACGGUGGAAAAAUCCAAAGAAGAAAGUUGA